UGAGAGACCAUCUCUUUUUCUUACAUAAAUCCCGUUUUAAUUUCUUUUUACUACCUCUCCCAGAAUCAAAGCGCUGCAUCAAGCUGCAAGUUAGGGCUCUGGCUAUUAUCAUUAAGGCAUACAACCUCUACACCCAGUUUUCCUGAGUUCAUAACUACUGAACAAUCAAUACUAUUGUCGCUCCAUCCUUGCAACCAUGUCUCGCGAAGAAACCAAAUUCAAUAUGGACAUUUCCAAGGACCAAGCGGAGGAGAUGAAAGAACGCGGCACAGCAUCACAGAAGUCUAGAGGAUUGCAGCCUAGUAGCGGUAGUUUGGAUGAAGUCAAACUUCCUUCGCCAGCUGAAGAAGAGCUGAUGAAAGCGGCUGGAACUGCAUCGCAAACUCGAAAGCCCAAGAACUGAAAGAGUUCCUCCAUUUAUGCAGUCUAAUGUAGGAUAUCAAUGAGGACCUGCUGUUUGUGAGGGAGAUGUGGAGCCUUGAACUACGUGGAAUGUACUGCAAAUGGUGUGGCUGGUUUGGAUUUACUUUAAGGUUGUAAUAUGAUCUGCUUUGUAUUGGUAGUUGGAUUCUCUGCUCUCAAAACAGAAUCGUUUAUCGGUGU